CCUGUAUUAAAGCGGUCACAUGACAUCGAGGCCAUAAAGUCAUGUGACCUCGACGCAUCCACAGCGUGACAACAAGCUGAUCCGCGUUUACUUCAGCUUCAUGCGGCUUCGGGAUUUCUGAUUUCUGGCGUCUAGCUUCAAGCCUCCAGUCAGAGCUGUAUAAUGCUGAAGGAAACGCUGAGGCUGCUGUUCCUCGGGGCUCUUCUGCAGUCUGUCGGCUCCCGCGGCUGUUCCUCGUUCUUCUGCCGGAAAUCACACCGCGUGAGCGGCUCCCGUUUUGGAGUUGACCCGGGCAAACCUCUGAUGCUCACCCCUUACCUGGAGCAAGGCAAGAUCGAAGAAGCCAAAAAACUGAGUUUGGUGGGACCCCUUCCUGGCGCCAAUGUCAAGAGUUACUCGGGAUAUCUCACUGUGAACAAGACCUACAACAGUAACCUAUUCUUCUGGUUCUUCCCUGCCCAGGAGAGGCCGGAGACGGCCCCGGUGCUGCUGUGGCUGCAGGGAGGACCUGGGGGCACCUCCAUGUUUGGCUUGUUUGUGGAGCACGGCCCAUAUUUUGUGCAUAAGAACCUCACGUUGGGCUAUAGGGAUUUCCCCUGGACAUCACGGUACUCUGUUCUUUACAUCGACAACCCGGUUGGGACAGGAUGGAGUUUCACGGAGGAUGACCGAGGAUUUGCCCAAAACCAGGAUGAUGUGGGCAGAGACUUGUACAGCGCACUGACUCAGUUCUUCCAGAUAUUCAGUGAGUUUCAGCUAAACCCGUUUUACGCUACAGGCGAGUCGUAUGCAGGAAAGUAUGUUCCAGCGAUUGGCUACUACAUCCACAAGAACAAUCCCUCCGCCAAAGUGAAGAUCAACUUCAAAGGAGUGGCCAUUGGAGAUGGUCUGUGUGACCCUGAACUGAUGCUGGGAGGUUAUGCAGAUUUCCUCUAUCAGACGGGUCUCGUGGACGAACUGCAGAGGCAGCAUGUGCAGAUGCAGACGGAUGCAGGAGUCAAGCUCAUCCAGGAGCAGAAGUGGGUGGAGGCUUUUCAGGUUUUUGACAGCUUACUGAAUGGCGAUCUUUCUCCUUAUCCCUCGUACUUCGAAAACGUCACUGGUUGCACCAACUACUUCAACUACAUGCAGUGUCAGGAACCUCCAGAUCAGGAGUACUUUUCUGGGUUUGUGAAUCUGCCAGAUGUUCGACGUUCCAUCCAUGUAGGAAGUCUCACCUUCAAUGACGGCUCCGAUGUUGAGAAGCAUCUUCUUCAGGAUGUCAUGAAGUCCAUCAAACCCUGGUUGGGCGUUCUCAUGGACAACUAUAGGGUGUUGAUCUACAGCGGGCAGCUUGAUGUCAUCGUAGCAGCUCCUCUGACCGAGCGCUUCCUGCCCACGGUGAACUGGACCGGAGCGGACGAGUAUAAAAAAGCAGAGCGCUUCCACUGGAAGGUCCAGCCCAGUGAUACUGAAGUGGCAGGUUACGUCCGACAAGUGGGGGAAUUCUUUCAGGUAAUUGUGAGGGGAGGUGGGCACAUUUUGCCUUACGAUCAACCAGAGAGAUCAUUUGACAUGAUUGACAGGUUCCUUUCUACAGAUGGAUUCUCAUUACAUUGAUAGACUAAACUAAAACUGAAUGUAAAGUAACCACUGAAUGAAUCAUUGUUCAGUUGUUUAAUGUGUUUUUCAAUGCAAAGGUUUGUGCGCUAUUAUGAAAAGAGUCGGGGGUUAUAUUUUUAUUGGACUGUGUGUUUUUAUUGUAUAUGAUUCGUUUUUGAUUAAAGGUUGAUUUAAGUAUAA